AUGGAAGAAAACCGGUCGAAAGAUCCUUCGCAGUUUAUUAAACCAACUCAAACAGAAGACUUAAGUGAAGAUCAGUCGGUUCCUAGUGCAUCACAGAAAUCUUCUGAUUUCAUUGGAAUUCAUGCUUCACCAGAUAGAACGAUCAAAUUCUUUCUACACAAUGAAAAAGUUCAAGCUGAGGUUUCAAAUGUUAAUGGAAGAGUGGCUGUCGAUUUACCGAAUGUAUUUUAUCAAUGCAAAUCACCCUCGAUAGCUGUUAACUUAAAACAAUUAUUGCGAAAUUUUCACUUUUGUCCAAUUUAUGAAAUAACACCUUCGCAAAAAGUAUUUUUCCGACAAAUUCCACCCAAAGAUAAAAUAUAUAAAAAAACACAAAAUAAUUUUCGUAUGGUACCUGACAGUUGCUUAUGGAUUCCUCGAAGAAAUAAUACUAUUAGUUACGCUUACGCAAAUACUGUUACUACGUGGGAUUGGGUUACCAACAGAUAUGUUUUGAUUUCAUAUCAAACCACAAACAUUACUGCGUUAGCAGAGAAUCUGGAAGGUGAUUUGGUUGUAGGGGAUGAACGAGGACAAUUAUUUACGUCAGAUCAGCCUAUAGAAACAGAGCAGACAAUGGCAAUUAAAACUAUUAUUUUCCUGUGUUCUGAUGUCUGUCUGAUCCAGUUUAAAGAAAACGAUGGAAUAUUGUUUGAUUUGAAGUCGAAAAGGACCAUUCGCGAUGAAAAAAUUACUAAUAAAAAAUUGAAUGUGUUAGAUAAUGGAAUGAUUAUAAUUGAGAGUAGGAAUUCGACAAUUCUCCUGGAGUAUAAUCGAACCAUAAAGCAGUACGAACAGUUACGUUUGUUCGGUGUCAAUAUUACAAAUGUUUACAUUCUUCCAAAUGCAAAAUUCUUGGUCAAAAAUGAAGAUGGCACAGGAACGCUGUUCGAUGCGCGAGGAAAUGUUCCUGAAUCAACAAAAAAUGUUUCGUACGUCUCAUAUUUCACCAAAGCAGCGAUUGGAACCAAUAUUACUAUUCUAAACUCAGGUACGUUAGUGUACUGUAGGGACAGCAAUAAACGACUUGAAUUCAUUUCGGGAAACGAUCAAGACGAGUAUCAAAGUGUUGAACGUGCAGGGAGAUGGUACAUCACUUGCAUGAUUACGUUGUCCGACGGUUCUGUUAUGUAUGCAACAAAUUCUACGCCUUCAGGCAUUCAUAUUGUUACUGGCGAUGGAAGAACUACAUGGCCAGAUAUUGCUGAAGGAUUACCUACAGCAUAUAAAGUCGACUUGCUAAAAGAGUUAAGCGAUGGUUCAGUAGCUGUACAAUAUUCUGAAUCUAUUCACAUUCUCAAACCACAAAUGCGAGGUGUGGAAGAAAAUGAGAGUUAUCAAAUUGAUUUACUUAAGUUGAAGCUUCAACAUAAUCCAGCUGAUAUGGGAUUAUAUUCUAAACUAGAACAAAUUUAUUUGGGUAACAAUUCAAACCAUCAAGAACUAUAUCGGUUAUAUUUGUCUGGUGCAGAAGCUGCUAUUAAAACAAAUCAUUUGUAUCAAGCUCGGCGUUUUUACGAAAAAUGCAGGAACAUGAAGCCUGAUUCCAAGGAACUCUACGACAUGUUUGUUUCGUAUCUUGAAACGACCCCUUACAAACAAUUCGCAAGGAGAAUCAGUUUCGAUCUGUUGAUGCUAACCGGAAGUAUGGAGAGUUUACCCAGCAAACUAAAAGACAGAAAUUGUAAAACAAGAUUAUUGAUUGGUGAAGGGGAUUUUUCCUUUACUGAGGCUCUUAUCAAGAAGCAUAAAGCCACUCGACCAAAAUUACCUAAAGCCAUUAUUGCUUCAGAUUGGACAGCUACACAUUUGACCUGUAUUUCAACUGGCGAUAAAGAACAACUAGAAAAAAGAAUAGUCGAUCUCAAACAGUGUGGUGUCACUGUGCUUUUUGGUAUUAACGCUGAGCACAUUCAUCUGACGUUCAAAGGGAAAAAAUUUAAGCGUAUUCAAUGGAAUUGUCCCUUUGGUGAGUCUACUCGAAGAGGAGAAUUUCAGCCCACAAUCUGUCGAUUUUUUCAAGCUUGCUCUUCGCUACAAUUACUCAGUGAUAGAGUCCAUGUCACUCUAAUGCAAAAAAGUGGUGAUUAUUGGAAGAAAAGACAACAGGAAAUUCCAAUUGUUUCGGGAUCAGUUGCAGCUGGUUAUCGUUUGAUUAGAAAACGCAGUUUCAGAAUAUUUGGUAAAGAUCGUUAUCCUGGCUAUAAGCACGUCAGGACUGGAAAAACAGAAGCCUAUUCAUCUGGAGGAGAAGAACAAGAAUUUGUUUUUGAAAAAACAAGUCAAAUUUUUACGUCACCAGGUUUAGAAAAGGCUCGUGAGCUGAUUGAUCCGAAUAAAAAGAAAUAUCAAAUCAACACUGACGAACAGAAUCCAUCACUCGAAAAGUGCUAUUUUGAGUGUAGUACGGAUGAGGACUCAUCGGAUUACUAUGAAUCUGACGGAGACUUUUAA